CGUCAAAACAUUUAUUCCGAGUCUUCGCGUCUUACUUACUCUUUCAUUCUAAAUGACCGAUUCUGACGAGCCUCCUGCCUUGUUCUUCGCCGGAUCUGACGAUGAGGAGGCGGAAAUGGCUGUCGAAUCUACCGAGCUUAAGGCUACUGAAUCCUCAAUUUCAUCCCAAGUGGAACAUAGACAACUCUUUCUGCCGACGGAUAGCGACGACGAAGAGGAGGAUAUACCGAUAAUACCACAAAAAAGGGGGAGCUCGCCGGACAUCCACCACGAAGACAUUGACGAAAUGGACUUGGAUACAAUAGACAUUCCUCGUGCAACCAGCGUCAGCGCCAGUUCGAUGUCUGAAUAUAUCUCCAUUUCUUCCGACUCCGAAGAGGAGGCAGUCACUCGACCAAUGAAGAAGAAGCAGGUUUCUCCUCCUGCAAAGAAACGCCGCUUGUCCCCAUCUUUUGCACUUCCCUCUCCUACAGAUAUUAUUCAGUUCCCGAUAUACGUAGGAGAAUUCCUUGUUCCUAACGCGUGGAGUAGUAUUUCUGGGUCUGGCUACGUUACAACCAACGAUAACGUCAGAAUAGAACGGGACGUUGAUUACUCCAAAACUUCUGAGGUAUCCACAAAGGGAAAGGGAAAGGGAAAGGAGAAGGCUAAUGAGAAGAACGGCGGCAAGAAACAGGUGUCAAUCAAAUCCAUGAUCAAUGCACAACCUGUCAAAGCACCGAAUAAGAGGACAACUGAUACUAUCGUGCGACUCGUCACUACUCGUGGUGUCGAGUUCGGAAGACUUCCUCAGGAAGUUGCAUGGUGGACCUCAAAAUUAUUAGACCUCGGUGUCGUCGAAUUGCGAGGAAAGAUGACUGACUGCCCGUCUAAACUAACUAUUGGUGCCAAUCUCAUUGUCUCAGUCGAUGUAUAUCUUCUUCGCACCGCGUUCAUGCCAGUGAAUGUCGCAGAAAGCGAUGAACGUCCAAGGAUGUUUGGGGAGGGCCUAGAGACCGACGAAGAGAAACGCCUACGGGAACGAAAAAGCGCCGUUCUCAAAUUAUUCGAGAUCGUCGGUCUCAAGCCCCAAGCUGGUGUUAUGGCUGGCCACGAAAAGUCAGAACGCGAACUUCAAGAAGACGCCCUGCAGAUUUCUCAUAUGUCACAGACGAAGCCGAAAAAGCACCUUGAGAUUGUCGGCGACGGGGAAGAGGUUGAGGUUGAGGACGGUGAAGACCUUUCAAAGAGUGAUCUCGAUGUAAUCUAUAAGCGGGCACAACACCAUGACCAGGAUAUGGGCGAAAUGGAAGCUGCAGAAUCAUUCACAUUAACCUUGCGCGGAUAUCAAAAACAGGCCUUAUUCUGGAUGGACUCGCUAGAGUCAGGCAAGAUGAACGCUCGGGAAGCUAAGUCGCUACAUCCAUUAUGGAGCGAGUAUGCGUUCCCCGCCAAACCUGAUGGCGGUUUCAUCGAUCUUACCGAAGACGAGAAACCCUUCUAUCUCAAUCCAUACUCGGGCGAAAUGACGCUCAACUUCCCCAAAUCGGAGCGUAACUGCAAGGGCGGUAUAUUAGCUGACGAAAUGGGAAUGGGAAAAACCAUCAUGAUAUCUGCGCUCAUACAGAGCAACCUCGGUUUAGACGAACCAGUUCACCAAACUUUGUCAUCGAAGCAACGCCAACUCAAGCUCAACAAUGCCCUACAACCAGCAAAGAACAGGAAGAACUCUCCGCCUUCAGCCACACUGAUUGUCGCCCCGACAUCACUGAUCGACCAAUGGGCAGAAGAGAUUGAAAGAUCUAGCAAGCCUAAAACCGUCAAAGUCGUGGUUUGGCAUGGUCAAAAUCGUGGUGAUCUUGAUGUUGUUCUGGAAGAGGACGACGAACCAGGGUUCACAAUCCCUAUCAAGAUUGUUAUCACCUCGUACGGUACAUUGGUCUCCGAGCACGCCAAAGCGGAAAAGUCUAGUUCACCCGUGUAUAAUGUGGAAUGGCUCCGGGUAGUGCUGGAUGAAGCACAUUCUUGCAAAUCUCGUACCAGUAAAACUGCUAAGGCAGUAUACGCUCUUCGAGCAAGAAGGCGGUGGGCGGUCACCGGAACACCUAUCGUGAAUAAACUAGAAGAUCUAUAUUCACUUCUCAAAUUCCUGAAUUUCAAACCGUGGUCAGAGUUCUCAUUCUUCAACUCCUUCAUCACCCUUCCAUUCCUUGCUCGCGAUCCUAAAGGCAUAGAGGUUGUACAGGUCAUUCUAGAAUCGAUUCUCUUGCGUCGAGAGAAGAAUAUGCUUGAUAGCGGAGGCAAGAGAAUCGUGGAAUUACCUCCGAAAAAGAUUACUGUUGAAAACUUGGAAUUCGCGCCCAUGGAACGAAAAAUUUACGAUUCUAUCUAUGACUCAGCCAAGAGGAACUUCGAUCAACUGAGAGCACAAGGUCUUCUCAGUAAGAAAUACACUCACAUUCUAGCAAUGCUCAUGAGACUUCGACGGGCCGUUUUACAUCCCAAUCUUGUUUUCACAAAAAACGAUGAACGGGCCCUGUCGCCCUUGGGGGAUGGGAUCGUCGAUGUCAACGAAAUGAUCAAAAAAUUUGCGGAAAAUGAGGAACAGUCGAAUGUGUUUGCGGAAACUGUGUUAGCUGAUCUCGAUGAUCAGGCCGAGGGUGCUUCGGAAUGCCCUAUAUGCUUAGAUGUUAUGGAAAUUCCAAUGAUUGUUCCAGAGUGUUUGCAUCGAUGCUGCAAAGACUGUAUUACAACAUAUAUUGCUACAUGUGAGAUGAAGGGAGAAGAGACAAAAUGUCCAAGCUGUUCUCGUGGUCCCAUCAAGCAAAGCGACCUCGUCGAAGUAGUUCGCCCACUUCCCACUUCUCAAAAUUCUCAGCCAGAUUUGGUUUUACGUCGGAAUGACUUCACCUUGUCGACAAAGCUUACUGCGCUCAUUCAUGAUCUUCAUCGUAUCCGUUCAACAGAUCCUGCCUUCCGCGCUGUUGUUUUUUCACAAUUUACGUCUUUUCUUGAUUUCAUAGAGACCGCCCUCGACCGCGAAAAGUUUGACCACUAUAGGUAUGAUGGUACUCUCGAUGUGAAGAGGAGACACAGUGUUAUAACAGCGUUCAAGGAAGCAUCUACUAAGCCAAAAAUUCUUUGCAUCAGUUUGAAGCUAACUACGGCGAAUCACGUCUUCAUGAUGGAUUGUUGGUGGAACUCUGCAACAGAGAACCAAGCUAUCGACAGAGUACAUCGUCUCGGUCAAGACAAGACAGUAUAUGUCAAACACUACAUUGUCAAAAACACGAUCGAGGCGCGUAUUCUCAGAAUACAGAAACGUAAAACGGCCCUUGUAAAGGAGGCAUUCCGGGGAACUGGAAAGUCAACGGGGGAACUGGAUAGUAUAGAGAACCUGAAGAUCAUGUUUGGAGAAAGCUAGCAUAUCUCUCUUCUGUCCAAUGUUUAGUCUAAGUUGCACCUGCCUGAAAGAAAGUCAUUGCGGAC